GGCUUUUCAGCGCACCGCCGGAACAUGACGCCAACACGCUCUCUGGUGACGGUUUUAUUUUGAAAGUCGUAGUGAGUGCGCGCCCACUUGGCGUCUUGGAGCACUUGCGCCGUCGACUCACAUCUGGAGAGCGGCUCCGCGAUGGCUUUGAAAGAAACGGCCUCUCCGUGCGCCACGCGUAAAGGAAUGCACGUCUGACUCGACCCGACCAUGCCGAACUCCUGUCAUCCGGCUUUAUUAACUCCAUUUGAUCUGUCAGCGAGUCGGAGGCAGCGAGAGGCGAACCUGUAACUUGAGCCGUUGGCUCCAACAGCGGCUCCAACAGCUGGAACGGGGCCGGGAACAUCUGCAGCGCCUGUUCCGGAGCGCGCACCGUACAAUGAAGCUCGUGCCGGAUGAAACAUCCCAGGAAUGAAGCGAAGCCGUCGUGUGUGAAUGACAAGCUGAUGGGACGCGAUAGGCGCUCUCUGCCUUGACUUAGAGCGGAGUCUGCAACAGUUUAACGCGCACACGCGAACCCGAGUCGACGCGGCGAGGAUGUCUCAGAUGAAGUUUCCCUCCGAUGAGCUGCGCUCGCUCCCACCGAGACCAGUUUCCACGCGGAGACGGUUUGUGAAGCUGGGGAGGAAGAUAAGUGAUGGAUCUCAGCAGUCCGCUUCCUCUACGGGCAGUUCCUCCACCGGCCGGUCGGCCGAAGCCGUAGCGAUCAGACAGCCAAGCAAGAGUCGCAUCCAUCGCCAUGCCAACCGCCUCUCAGGUGUCUUCCGUGGACCCGCCUCCGCCUCCACCUCUGGCUCCAUGGCCCUGACAGCCAGCAUCCGCUCAUCGCUGUCCAUUCAGUCCAGGAAGUCCAGCAUGAUCGCUGCCGAUGCUCUGAUCGCUGACGACCCGUCUGAGCUGUCCAAUCAGAUCACUGCCCCGGGAAUCCUGAAGAUCUUUGGCAACGAAAUCUGUGAAGGGGCUCACUACAAAAGCGUGCUGGCCACCACGCACUCCUGUGCAAAGGAGCUGGUGAAAGAGGCCCUGGAACGGUACGGACUGAACAAGAAGGAGGCCGAGUCCUACGUCCUCUGCGACACCAUCGGCGCCGUCGGCGGCCAUCAGUGGAGGACGGAGGGCUUCCGGGUGGUCGGGGACAACGAGAAGCCGCUGCUGCUCCAGGCGCUCUGGAAGCCCAGAGACGGGAUGGCGAGACGCUUCGAGAUCCAGAGGAGGAGCCUGGCCGAGGAGAAGACGUCCAGGGACAAGGACACGGUCACUGCCGGUAUCAAUGCUCAGGCUCGCAAGCUGCAGAAGAGUCGCUCCAGGGUGACCUCCACUCUCAUAGAGAGGACUAUGGGUCGAGGCCACAGGCUCUGGAGGAGCAGAAGUGAGAUGGACCUCCUAGAUUCCGAGAGCGAGAACAAGCCGGAGCCCGACGCCGACAAUUGUGUGAAGAGUCGCAGCGAAAGCCUGAACCCAACCGCGCUGCAGAGCUGCGAGCGUCCAAAAAUAAACCCCCAACAGAACCACAUUCACAGCCCGCCGGGUCCCCCCGAGGGGGACGGCGGGUCGCGGGCCGAGACAGAGGCCCUCUGUCCGGCCGGGCCGAAAGACGAGGGCGAAGGAGAGGAGUCGGAGAGGGAGGAGACGGAGAGCAGCGACGAUAACACCACACAGUACUCCAUUCACCCUCCUCACGACUGUCCAUACCUGCUGCUGCUGCAGGGCUGCAGUCCCACUCAGGACUUUGUCAUCUACUUACUUGCGGCACCCAGCGUUUCGAUAGGCCGACCAGGCCACGGCGAGGACGCAUCCAAGCCUGACAUCCUCCUCUUCGCCGACGACGUUCUUCCGAGACACUGCCGCCUCCACCGCGGCGGCAGCGGUGGCGCCACGGCGCUCUGCCCGGAGCGGGAGGCCGCAGUCACCAGGAACGGCGAGACGCUGCAAGCGGAGACGCCGCUCAGCCCCGGCGACGUCAUCGGCCUGGGUCGGCGCUACCUGUUUCUCUUCAAGGACCCCCUGACGCCCAAAGAAGUUAGCAGCGCGGCGCCUGAGCUCAGGAUCCCGGGUCACGCGGCUGCCGCUGCAACGAGCAGCGCUGCAGCCAUGAGCCACCGCGUGGACCCUCGGGCCCCAAUGCUCCUACGGUCGCCCCAGGGCCGCAGCCUGACUCUGAGCUACGAGGCUGGAGACGAGGAGCGUAUCGUGGAGGAGGUCGUUGCAAUGGGAAGUGGCAGCGGGGAAGAGAGGCCGCCGCUGACGCCGGCGUUUUUGCUGUGCGCGUGUUUGCAGCAUUCGUCCACAAGUCUCCACACCUCGGACCUGCGCAGGCUUCUGCUGCUUACUGCCCGCGGAGUUCAAAGUGCCGUGUGGGAGUGCACUAAGGAUCUCGCAGCCGCUCAGCCUGAAGCUCUCGACGUUGACGGGCCAAACCCAGAGGGCCUACCGCCCUUCAGCCUGCAGGAGGCCGUCCCGGGACUUCGCCCCCUGGUGGUGUGGAUGUCCAACAGUCUGGAGCUGUUGCACUUCAUCCAGCAGCAACUGCCUCUCUUUCUGGAGUGGAGAACCAGAAAGGAACAAGGACAUGAAGAUGAGAGCGAAGAGAUACAGAAACUGGCCAUGAAGGAGCUUCAUCUGUCAUGUGUCAGUUCAGCGAGUGAGGAGACAAUGGCCGUCCUGGAGGAGGUCGUCCUGCUCGCCUUCCAGCAGUGCGUCUAUUACAUCACCAAGAUCCUCUACCCCGUCCUGCCGGGCCUUCUGGACUGCAACCCCUUCAGACAGAGCGCCGACCCGCGGGUGGCCGGGGAGGUCCGGGCCAUCGUGAGCGUCCUGGCCGACACCUGGAGCCUGCUCUCGGACGCCCAGCUCCAUCCUGACAUCGCCUCCCAGCUCGUCGGCUACCUCUUCUACUUCAUCAACGCCUCCGUCUUCAACUCCCUCAUGGAGAGAGGCUCAGAGCCAGGGUUCUACCAGUGGUCCAUGGGCGUGCGGAUGCGAGCCAAUCUGGACCUGCUCCUGGACUGGGCCCACGCCACCGGACUGGGGGAACUGGCCUCGGAGCACACCCAGAAGCUGUCGUCGGCCAUCAACCUGCUGGCGACGCCGAGGAAGAGCUUACUGCAGACAUCCUGGGCGUCCCUGCGCUCUGACUACUCCGCUCUGAACCCGGCCCAGCUCAACCACCUGUUGAGCCUCUACAGCCCGGCCUGUCCUCAGAACCUGAGCUGGGCUCCAUCGGGGGGCGACCGGGCAGCGGCACUGCAGCCUGCUGACGUCCUGGAGAACUUCGACACCCACCACCCGCUGGUGCUGCCCGAUGGGGGGCACCAGUUCCAGCUCGCGAGGCCAGUCAGGGUUCCAGGUGUGAGCGAACAGCUGGAGCAGCUCAAAGCCUUCGUCGCCUCGCUUUCUCGUCCCCACUUCAACGACGUCUCAGCUGGAAAGCACCAGAGCGGUAGCGAUUUGAAGGACUCUAAAUCCGAGCCACCAGAAAUUCUCCGGGACCCCCCUCCCCCUUCCGCUACUUCUGCUGCCUCACCCCCGUCACCCCCGUCACCCCCCUCCCCCCUCUACCUGGACGAAUUCAGCUCCUGUGUCGCGGUCCUUUUGUCCCAGAAGCUCAAAAAUCUGGAGGUGCAGAGCAGAGAGGUGAACAGGUCCGCUCUGGAUCCCUCCUGUCUCCUCACCCCGCCCACCACCCCACACGUCGCAGACCCCGGGGAUCAGGCGAAAGCGGAGCCGGAGGAGGCGCACGAUGAAGGCGGACUAGUCUUUGAAUGCCUCGCUGCCCUCAGAGUAGACCCCUUGAAAGCAGGCUGCCCCAGCAUGAAGAGGAUUGUGGAGCUAAAGGAGGAAGACGACAAGCAGGAGGAAGACGAGGAAGAGUGUUACGAUGAGGUGUUUAGCCUGGAGCUGGAGCGAGGCGACCGAGGACUGGGCCUCGCUCUGGUCGACACCAAGGACACGUCCCUGACGUUUAAAGGCGUCUUCAUCCGUGCAGUGCUGCCAGACUCCCCUGCAGCCCGGUGUGAGAAGCUGGAGCCAGGAGACAGGAUCCUGGCUGUUAACGGCGUCAGCCUGCUGGGCCUGGACUACCACAGUGGACGGGAGCUGAUCCAGUCAUCGGGGGACAGACUGAGGUUACUGGUCGCAAGAGCUGACUGGAUGGCGAAGGCCGUACACAGCGAGUGCUAGCUCCCGUGGCUGCCCUUUCACCCACGGACCUUGAAUGCACCAUCCAAGCUUGUCCAGGAUCAAGCGUUGUCCCUAAACACUCCCAGCAGCCUACUGUACAUGGAACUCGCUGUCAUAAAAAGACUUUAUUAAUCCAAAUGUCAAUUGAGAGAUAAGCAAUAAGAAAAAAAAAAGUCAUUUGCUUCCUUGAAUUAUUUUUUGUGUUCACUUUGAUAAAAUCAUUGGAUGAUUGUUGAUGGUGAUGUGAAGGUGAAGUGUUGGUCUGAAUGUUAAGUAUGUAUUAAACGACAGUGUAUCUUCA